AUGAAAUACGACAGGACCAAAGAUCCCCAGGAACACCUAACGGCCUUCGAGGCCAGGAUGAACCUGGAAGGAGCCGCCAAUGCGGUCCAAUGCAGGACCUUUCCAGUAACUUUAGCCGGCCCCGCAAUCAAGUGGUUCAAUGCCCUCCCAAACAGCUCCAGAGUCAGCUUUCACGAUAUCUCCAGAAAGUUUAUGGCUCCAUUCACCACCAGAAUCACCAAAGCCAAGCACCCCAUCAGCUUAUUCGGAAUCACUCAGAGACAAGAGGAAUCUAUGAUGAAGUAUCUCGAUAGGUUCAACGAUGAGUGCCUCACGGUUGACGGGCUCACAGACUCGGUUGCCAGUCUUUGCUUGACCAACAGCCUCAUGAACGACGACUUCCGAAAAUACCUCACCACCAAGCCGGUUUAG